GUUACUAACAUAUGCAAAGGCUUUUUCAUUUGGAACCUGCUCCUCCAAAACUGACAGAGAGGGGGAGAGAGAGAGAUGGCUGAUCGUUUCUUUCCAAAUGAAAUGCAAGAAUUUGUGGCAGAAACAACAGUCACGGGAGGAACCACCAGAGACUCACUCACCAACCUCCUAUCUUUACCUUACAAAACAUUUUCUAAUAAGCUCAAAACCUCAGCUUUGGACCUCAAAGAAAGAGUGGUGAGGGAGACAUGGGGGUUGAGCGGAAAGCGGGUGCAAGAUUAUACUUUGUAUACGGGUGCUCUUGGGACAGCUUAUUUGGUCUUUAACGCUUACCAAGUUACCAAGAAUGAGAAUGAUCUUAAAUUAUGCUCUGAUAUUGUUAAGGCUUGUGAUUCUGCUUCUAAAGAUUCUGGUCGUGUUACUUUCAUUUGUGGACGGGCUGGUAUUUGUGCCCUUGGGGCUGUCAUAGCAAAGCAUUCUGGUGAUGCAAGGUUACAAGAUCACUAUUUAACAAAAUUCAAAGAGAUCAGAUUUCCUAGUGACUUGCCAAAUGAAUUAUUAUAUGGGAGAGCAGGGUUCUUGUGGGCCUGUUCAUUCUUAAACAAGCAUAUUGGUAAAGAAACCUUAUCUACUAUCCGUAUGAGAGCAGUUGUAGAUGAAAUUAUUAAGUCUGGUAGACGAUUGGCAGGCAAGGGAACAUGCCCACUGAUGUAUGAAUGGCAUGGAAAGAAGUACUGGGGGGCUGCCCAUGGACUGGCAGGAAUUAUGCAUGUUUUGAUGGACAUGGAAUUGAAACCAGAUGAGGUGGAGGAUGUCAAGGGUACUCUUCGCUACAUGAUUAAAAGUCGUUACCCCACUGGCAAUUACCCAUCAAGUGAGGGAAGUGAAUCUGACCGUCUUGUACAUUGGUGCCACGGUGCUCCUGGGGUUACACUUACCCUUGUAAAAGCAGCUGAGGUUUUUGGAGACAAGGAAUUUCUGCAAGCAGCUGUGGAUGCAGGAGAGGUUGUAUGGAAGCGUGGUCUGCUGAAGCGAGUUGGAAUCUGUCACGGUAUAAGUGGGAAUGCCUAUGUGUUCCUUUCACUCUAUCGACUCACUGGCAAAGUGGAGUACUUAUAUAGGGCCAAAGCAUUUGCUUCCUUCCUGUCUGAUAGAGCACAAAAACUUAUAUCAGAACGAAAGAUGCACGGAGGUGAUCAUCCCUAUUCACUCUUUGAAGGUAUGGGAGGAAUGGCAUAUCUCUUUCUGGACAUGGGCGAACCAUCUAAGGCGAGGUUCCCUGCUUAUGAAAUUUAAGUUGCUUUCAAUGUAUUUUUUUCCCUGUGGUUCCAGUAUGAGGAUACUUCCACGUCACUCUUUUGUAAAUAUAUAUGAAACGAAAUUCGACUUUGACCCAGACUUUAGUAUUUUAAUUUCCUUCAGCAAAUGUCAUUGUAGCACUUUUGUUUCCUUCAAGUUGUAGAGACUAUGUCUAACUUCCACUGGCUUGGAACUGCUUACCUUUGAGAAGGGCAACCUUGUCUUAAUUUGCAUAAUCUACGAAAUAUAACGUAGUGGUCGUUGUCGAA